AUGGAAUCGGAGCGUGAUCAGUCUUCACCCUCAUCCUCCUCUUCCUCUUCUCAAACCAAAUGUUCUAUUUCUUCGUCCCCUGUGCAUAAGCGGAAAGCAGGGAGGAAGAAGUUUCGGGAGACUCGCCACCCGGUAUACAGGGGCGUGCGCCAAAGAAAUGGCAAUAGAUGGGUAUGCGAAAUGCGGGAUCCCAAAAACAAGUCCAGGAUAUGGCUUGGGACUUUUCCCACUCCCGAAAUGGCGGCUAGGGCGCAUGAUGUGGCCGCCCUAGCAUUCAGAGGCGAUUUUGCUGCGCUCAAUUUCCCCGACUCCACAUCUCGCCUGCCGCGCGCCAAGUCAUCUUCAGCUGGGGACAUACGGGUGGCGGCCCUUGCGGCUGCCAUGGCUUUUCGUCCUGCUGCGCCGUCUUCAUCCUCUUCUUAUAUUUCACAUGUCACUGCCUGUAGCGAGGAAUUAGAAACUUCAUGCAGUGAAGACUCGCCUCAGUUAGAGAGCCGAAAAAAGGUUGUGGGAGUUGCAUUGGAGGAUUCUGAGAGCUCAGAGGGCUCUCCACAUGGUUCGAGCACGGUGUUCAUGGAUGAGGAGGCAUUGUUUAAUAUGCCAGGUUUGAUUAACAGCAUGGCAGAAGGUUUGCUCCUUGCGCCGCCAACUAUGCUUGGAGGAUUCAGUUGGGAUGAUACAACUUCCUACACGGACUUGUCUUUGUGGAAUGAUGAUUAAUAAUUCAAUGCAUCUAUUCUCAUGUUUUAAUUUAAGUUUCUUUUGUUGCCAAAUCAAACAGUACACUGCCUAGUGUUCACA